AUGAUUUUGGCACGGGUUGCAAAUGUUUUCAGAAGGGAAGGCGAAACGACUACUAAUUGUCUAGCCGAUCGGCCGAAGAUUCCGGAGACGGUCAAGAAAUUUGGGGCAAGAAUCGAAAAGCUGUGCUCUAGACUUGAAUUUACCUUUGCCGAAGUGGAAACGCUGGUGCAGGGUCAGGAACGUCGGAAGCACUGCCUGAAACGUCUGCUUCCGAAGCCCAAAUGGAUAAGUGGUCGUCGAAACUGA